AUGCAAAAGUUGACUUUUGCGCAGGCCACUGGGAGGAUUUCUGCCCCAAUUUCUCCGGUUCCGUGGACACAACGCAGAAUGUUAGUUCUCAAAGUAGUGCCUUCCAGAUAUCUUUUUUAAAACAUUAUCAGUUGUAAAGUGUAGCUACAUAGCCCUUUAGUAGAAAUUAAUGCAUUCUCAUCUUCUGAAUUGCAGUUAAAAUAUUUUUGCAACGCCCCCAUCUAUAUUUUUGAAGCAAUACCCGCUUAACAAUAAAGGAAAUAUUUGUAACACCUGCGCUUGCUAGGCACUUUAAUGGUAGUUCCACUGUCAUAGUCGAUGAGCACCACCAAGGGCCCGAAGAGAUCUCAGUGCUAAUUGGCGCGUUCAUUGUUUACCAUAAAGUAGCAUUGCGCUGCAUCUGCCUCAGUCUUCCUUUCCACACCCAACAGUGACAAGACAGGAACAAUGACUAGAAGGCACAAUGAAUAGAGAGGGGCGUGAACAGAGUGGCUGCCAAAGCCAAAUAUCCCGCCUUCGUGUGCGGCACACGACCUAGCCUCCGACUCCUCGCGAACCACUCAUCACUCAGUGGGUCUCUGGUCUCAACCAAGGUUACAUUGAAACGUCAUUGUGGUCUGACCGGCAGCCCUUAUUAGGACCGUGUUAUCUUGUCAUUUAGCAGCCUCUAAACCACGACUGUUAACUCGCUAUGGUGCCUCCGAGCUCAUCAGAUUUUUGGGACUGUCAUAGAUAAGACCGAUUACACGACGAAACGGCAAAGUCUGUUGGAGAACGGAGGUGCUUAUGAGCUUUCGGAGACUGGAGAGUUCAAGAAGCACGUGAACAGCGUAAACAGGGCGAUAGACAGGUUGAAGAAGGCAGGAGCCCUCAAGAGAAAGGAGGCAUUGGCCGCAAAAGCCACAGAUGCCGCCAUGGCGCGUUUCUACGGCCUGCCAAAAGUGCAUAAGCCAGGAGUCCCCUUACGCCCCAUGGUCUUCCAACGAGUUCAAACACACCGUACUGACGACGACGGGAGAGAGGAAGGAGCAAAAUACCGAUAUUCUUUAUUCGUAGUCAAUGGUUACCCACGAUCCUUUAAACGUGAGUGCCUACGAAAGCCUACCCAUCAGCGAUCAAACGGUGAGAAGCCGAAGUUUUGACUCGCGAUCACCUACGUGAGGAAUGUCUCUGAGGCGACAGCUAGAAUCCUGAACCCUUUUGGGAUUGGGGUAGCCCAUAAACCGGAAUCCACUAUCGGGUAGCAGAUAAUGAGACCCAAAGACCCGUUACCGGCAACAGAACAAUCAGCAAGCCGUACCAAAAUUGCAAUGCGAGGUAUGUUGGUGAAACGGGGAAAUUCCUUUGCACAAGACUGCGUGCGCACCAGCUUGCAAUCAACCGCGAGGAUAAACUGUCACUGGUAUAUGGCCACAUGCAACAGGAGAAACAUAGUUUCGCCUUUGGGGAAGCAAGCGUCCUCGGCCGAGCCCAUGACAAGAUGGCUAGGCUGGUGCACGAAAGCUGGUCCUCAGUUGGCACAAUCAACAGGGCUAUUGAUUUUCAUCCGGCCUACCAGGCGCUGCGUACAAGGCACCAGUUAGUGCAGACGGGGCCGACAGCACUGGCGAACGAGUCGCGGCUCCUCCAACAGUUGUCACCUUCACAACAGAGGGUAAGAGCCAGUCGGAGGUCACACGGCCAACGCUAGACGUCGGCCCACCGGCGCGCCCAGACAGCCGAUCGUGAUUCGCACAUGCAACGGCAACUGAUCAGUCCAUCCGAUUAUGAGGUGGGCACACAGGAUUUGCAGCGAUUACGACAGCCGGGCAGGGGACACUGGUCACAGGAGCGCGCCAGCAGUCGCCCGCGGAGAGACUAAAGCCAAUCCCCAGCCAGAAGGCAGGUCAGAGUUCGUGCGUCAGGCAUGUCUAUAACACAAGAUAGGCGGCGAGGCAGAACAACUUCGAGCAAGCAGGAACAGACACCCCACCACUCUGAUGAUGGAAACGAGGAAGUUUCCGAAACGUCAGCACCAAUACACUGUGGUCCAUGCAAUCGCCCCUUUUUCUUCUUCGUCUUCUUUUGGGGAUGAUAAACGGGAUAUAUAUAUAUAUAUAUAUAUAUAUAUAUAUAUAUAUUGAAAAGAGAUGGCUUUUUUUGGACAAGAGGAUUUAUUUCGUAAAUUUUCGACGCUGGUUCCCAGGUCGUCGUCAGACGCAAGCGGAAAGCAAAUGUGAAAGCAAGAAACAACUUUUGUGGACUUUAGGCAAUCCAUAGAUCCUCGCGAUGGUCGGCUCAGUUUGUUUGGGCGAUUUAGCGAUGUCUUCUGACAGUUGUUUCUUCCCUGUGAGACGCUUCAAGACUUUGUCGAUGGAUGAAGCUUGCGCUUUGGUGGGGUCUGUUAGGAGUGGUUGGUAAGUAGAUCUGUCGUCUAAUAAUGACAGCAUUUUCUGUUUGUAGUCUGUCUUGUUCAAAAUGGCAGUGGAGCCUCCUUUGUCCGCGGGAAGAAUGAUAAUAUUUUGGUCCAUUUUAAGGCCUUUAAUCGGCAUUUUCUCCUCAAGUGAUAGUACUGUAAACUGGUUCCGGUCUCUUAAGGCUUGUACAGUACUAUUUCGGAUAGGCGCUCACCGACCAGGUUACGGAACAUGCGCUUUCCGUUGUGCGUUGGGGCUCAUAUUAGAACCCUCGUAGGCUGUCGCACAGCUACUAGUAGUAGAAGUAAAUGUCGGUAUCAUCUCACAUAUAUAUCCUCCAAGUUCAUAAAUCAUAACAGUGAGGACUUGUGGUUCCCCAGUUAAUUUCAUAAUCUACCCUAGGAACUGUUUUUUGCUUCUUGUAGAUCAGCAGGAUAUACUAUGUUCACCACUACCGACGUCUACUCGGCGGCCUCGGCGAUUGGUCAGGAGCUGCAGCUCCUAAUUGAUGAAUUUGGUCCUGAUGACGUGGAGUCCUUUAUGUUCAAAGUGAUUACUGUGCUGGAGGACUUGGAAGCCUGCGUAAAUAUGUCCACUGAGAUGGAGGAAAAGGUGAACACCCUGCGGGAAAAGCUGGAAUCUCUCCGGUCUGACAGGCAACAGUUUUCUGACUCGAGGGACAACUAUGCCAUGGUUGGUCUCCGCUUCUACCACCACCUUUUUGAUUUUUUUCGACUUAUUUAAUUAAUCAAAUCUCAUAGUCACGCAGAGUAUGGGAUUCACUGCUGGGGUCUGACUACUGUGUGUGACAAUGGCCUUCCAUCUUGCCCAGCUUGUGUAUGACUGUCUGGCGACAGCGUGUUGGCCAAAGCUGAUCAUCCCCGCCUCCCGGGAAGACGAGUUGCCCGUUAGCCUAGCUGCUGGCUACCCGGCGCGUCCAUAGAUGGCGGAUAGUGGGACGACCUUCAGUGAAGGUUAGCUGCGAAAGAAGCAGUCGCGGACCAGCAGCGACAUUGCCACCAGGGUGCGGUGGGCUGGGACCUGGAACGCUGAAAGCCUUAUAAAAAGCCGCAAAACCCAAUGACGGCAUUGUGACAUGGCGACCGCAAACCACCAUUAAAUAAGUUUACUUGCCACCCUGUCUUGUGGUUAGGCUUUUAAGCCAAAGCGCUAGAGGAGACAACCUCGAACAAACAAUCCGAGCGGCCGUUGAGGACCCGCCCGUAUUCGAACUUCCCAAGAAACCUCAUGAAAUCUGUCCGAUCACAGUAUUACGACCCAUGCUACGGCGUCCGCGGGAACUGACGCGCUCCGCAGCCUUGGUCCAGUGGUGCGGGCGAAUAGUAUGCGAACUGGACUACUCAAUCGUGGACGACUCUCGGUAUUGGAUGCUGGAAUGUGCGAACGUUCCUGGACACCGGUACCCAAAGUCCGACCGCGCGCAGCCUUUUUCAGUACAAUGUGAAUGUCUGCUGUCCGUCUGAAGUUCGACUUCCUGACUCAGGCUCCCGUGAAAUAAAGAUCCUGGGAGUCGAAUCACACUUCACCCUGUACCACAGCGGCCUGCGAGAUUCUUCCGGUUGACACGGUGUGGCGAUCGUCCCAUCACAACAAGCGGACCUCGCGCUACUUGUUUGGGAACCAGUCAAUGACCGGAUGGCCUACGUGCGACUGAAGGGUCACUUCACGAACAUCUCAAUCGUUUCUGUGUACGCACCAACUUCGGAUGCCGAAGAGCGCGAUAAAGAUGCGUUUUACUCUCAGUUGCAAGCGCUAGUUGAAAGACCGCCUCGCCGCGAUCUGUUGAUUGUUGCUGGCGAUUGGAAUGGUCGAACUGGACCUGGCGACUUCACGACCAGUCAUCUUUUUGGCCGCUUUGGGCUUGGCUCCAGAUGCUGAUGGUGAGAGAUUGCCGAACUCCGCUGAUCGAAACCGACUACUUGUCACCAACACUUGUUUCCAACAUCGCAAAAAGCCUCUGCUGACCUGGUAUUCAAACGACGGUCAUACGACCAGUCAGAUUGACUACAUGCUAGUCAGCUCAAGGUUCCGCAGCUGGGUUCACGAUAGCAGAUCGAUGCGUGGUGCCGAGACUGGUAACGCCCAUGGGUCGGGCCAUGUCCUCGUCCGUACACGCUUGAAAGUUCAUCUCUCACCCGCGCCAAAAAUGCCACGUCUUAGACGCCUCGAUGUCGCAAAAAUCCGGCAAGCCAGCACUGCCGAGGCCCUAAACAGAGAAAUCCGGACCUGUUUUACGACCCGAGCCGACGGAGAAGUCAGUAACCAGUGUUCGUCACUGAAGACUUCAGUCUAUGGGGCAGCUGAGAAAAUCCUUGGACGCACCCAGCGACGCCGCAGUGACUGGAGCAGCGGAAGCACCCUACAGUUGUCUGCUCAGACGCCUCGAGCCUGGUCCCGCAACGAUGACUACUUCCGCCAACUUCGGAAGAUGACGGCAAAAUCGGUCAGGGGUGACCGGAAGCAAUAUUGGGAUGAAAUAGCGACCCCCAUGGAACAGGCCUCGAACGUUGCUGGCACUCGAAAGCUCUACCGUCUGAUCCGCCAAGUUAGCGGUAAGCCCUCUACACUGAGUGACUGUUCGCGAUGUGAACGGCGGCUUUAUUGCUGACAACUCGGCCAAAGUCGAGCGCUGGCGUGAGCAAUUUGAGCACCAUCUCAACUUCGAUACCCAACCUACCUCGCCAUUGCUCUCGUCCUCAGCGGAGUUUCUUCCCUCUCCCACCAAUGCAGUGCCACGCGAUCCCCCCUCCGAGGAAGAAGUCGCCGAUGCCAUACGAACGUUACGCAACAAUAAGGCACCCGGAGAGGACAGUAUACCCGCUGAAAUCUUCAAGUCUUGUGUCGACACUCUAGCGCCCUGGCUCCAUGAGGUGGUUGAACGAGCGUGGAGAGACGAGGUUGUUCCUGCUGACUGGGACUUAGGCAUCCUUGCACCUAUCCACAAGAAGGGAGAUAAGAGUAGAGGCUAGAACUACCGCGGCAUAAGCCUCAUCGACGUUACUGCGAAGAGUUCGCUAUUGUCCUACUCAGACGAUUCCAGACUGUGCGUGACCCAAGGACGAGGCCCAACCAAACUGGAUUUCGUGCUGGACGUGGAUACGCCGACCAGAUAUUAACACUGAGGCGCAUUCUCGAAUUUCGCCAUAGCUACAAACAAGCGACGGCCGUCUGCUUUAUUGACUUUGUCUCCGCGUUCGAUUGCGUUCAUCGUGAGUCCCUGUGGCGGAUAGUGGCGCUAGAUGGUGUACCGGCAAAAAUCAUCGCCAUGAUCAAGGCCUACUAUCGUUCCACUACUGCGAGAGUCCUGGUCCGCAACAAUCUUUCCCAACCGUUCGGUUUUCGGUCUGGCGUUCGACAGGGUUGUAUCCUGUCACUCAUUCUGUUCAACUACGCUCUUGACUGGAUCCUCGAGAGGGCCUUACACGAGGGUGACGGCGUUGAGUUUGCACCCGGACACCGACUGACUGAUCUCGACUAUGCCGAUGAUAUCGCCUUACUUGCUUUAAGUUUUGGUGAUCUGCAGCCUAUGGUGUCACGGGUGAACGAGGUCGCUAAAUCGGUCGGUUUAUCCAUAAACGCUGGGCAGACCAAAGUGUCUUCAAGCUGCAUCCCUGACCAGGAGAAGGCACCCUUCGGGAUUGAUGGCUGUCACUUUGAAGAAGUAGACAGUUUUAAAUACCUCGGUGCGAGGCUGCUGCCUAACGAGCAGAGUAAGGACGACAUUGUCUCCCGAAUCGAUGCUGCCCGCUGGGUUUUUUCAAGCCUUCGGAAAUGCCUAUGGAACUGACGUGACCUCUCCAUCGCCACUAAGAUUCGCGUGUACCGUGCAUCUGUCCGGUCUGUCCUUCUCUACGGUUGUGAAUACUGGGCUUUGCGCGUGGGAGACGAGAGAAAACUGGAGAUAUUUGAUCACCACUGCUUGAGGGCCAUCCUUCGAGUGAAGUUCAGCGACUUCGUUUCAAAUGAGACAGUCCGCGCUCGCUGCAACAACAUCACAAGGAUAACUCAGACCAUCCAAGAAAGACGGCUGAAGUGGUUCAGGCAUGUUCUUCGUCGUCCACCCCGGGAGCUCAGUGUUACUGCCCUCGAUCCGGCACCGUUACCCCAUUGGAGGCCUCGAAGAGGGGGCCAGUUCAAAGCCUGGCUUGACGCAGUUCGUCAAGACAUGGAGGCGGUUCUUGGACCUUCGGUAUUCGGUCUACGUCGUUGGCGAAGGGAAUGGGCUGAGCUGUGCAGAUCUGCUGCCGCGGAUCGUCACGCGUGGAGAGGUAUAGUUCGGGACAUCAUCGAGGCCGGCUAGAUCAGGGCUGAUUGCAGCCGUAUCAAGUACAAAGUCCAAUUAUCUCCGCCUUCGAAAAUGCUAUUCACCGUUUUUGGCCAUGUCAAAUCUGACAGCAUAGGUACCAGCUACGAGUCCAGACACGUGUUUCACCGGCAUUCUGCUGCUGCAUGACAGAGCCGUGAGGGGUCCGGCUCCGCAAUGGCGGACCCCCCAGCGUUAGCGCAUUAAUCUCUGAUGAGAUUAAAUAGCUAGAAUUUCAAAACAGCGAACGCUAGAGGACUCAGUGAUGACCCGAACCUCUCACCACUGCGUCCUGCGGUGGCAGAAUAUCUGCGAUGUGAUGUCAUUAUGGUAAACCAUGUAACAUGCUAUAUUCUGGUGCAAGUCUGACACAUGAAGAUAGCAGAACUAGUUUUUAAGGGUUCUUCUGACAGGGAGAACUGCCUAUGCAUAAGCUAUCUUUGUUGCUUCAAGGGCCAACUUCUACAGCUGAAUUGGGGCUUAUCGUUGUUUACGACUUCCGGUAACCCCACAAACUCAGUGCUAAACAAUGUGUUUUUGUCGGUAAUAAUAUAAUGAAGGAGUUAGCAGUUAGGGAAUUCCGCAAGUGAGAGCUUCUUUGAGAUUGUACUCCUGCUGUGAUAGCAUUUGAAGGAGUUUAUACAUCCAGAAUUAAGUAGUAGAGGAAACGCCUGCACCCUCUGAUCUGAAGACGACUCAUCUUCCUGUUCUCACAAGAGCAUAAAGAGAUAAACCGCCACCGUGCUGCACUAAUGUGUCUGCAACAUCGUUUCCAUACCCUAGCCCCAGUAAAAUCUAAUAAAUACUAAUAAAUAGAUAAAUUAUGCAUUUAAACCCAGAUUAGGUGUCUGAGCUACCACUGCAUUUUGAAGGAAAGAAUCUCUUCCGUUAACCUUCAGCGUAGUUCUAUAUAACCUUUCGCCGAGGAUCUUCCUUCGCUAAGGAAUAUCUGCUUGUCACCUGGUAUUCACAACUUUUUUUUAGGAAAGAAACUCUUGAACCUCAGGUUGUUAUUUUUCUUCGACCGGUUCGCUUAGUCUUUUCAUACGAACUAUACAACCCUCCUCGCGUCUGUCCAUUUUGUCUGCGCAGAAUCUGGAACAACUUCAGCAGAGUUGGUACAAAGAUACUUCCGCCCUCUUCGAUGAGGCCGCUGCCCUUGAGGCCGAAAAUGAUCGUCUUAAACAGAAAUUGGAGAGCAUGCGUACGCGACCGGAUGCAGGGGAAGGCACGGAGGACGAGGACGCGAGAGCGCAUGAAACCAAGUCCAAAAUCUCUGCUCUAGUCAACGCCAUUAGUCGAGGCGCUGUGGACAAGUCGUCGUCCAUGACAGCAGCGACCGCACUGAGUGAUGCAGGUGUCAAAAAGCAUGUAGAUGACAUUGUCAGCAUGACGGAACAGCGCCUGGGACUCUCCAAACAAGAGGGUGAGUCAGUCGCGGAAGUGGCUCUUUGGUUGUCCGUUCUUUCUCUAUGCAGACUGCAUGGUCAUACACCCAGUUUAUUUCUUUUGAUUCACUUAUCCUUUGUGCAACUGAAAAGGAGCUUUCUGGCCUGAGCUUAUUCCAAUCGGUAGUGGUUGAAACCUCGGCCUCGGAGGAGAGGUUAAUUAAUGUGUCGGCAUUCAGAGCCCUGUGUCACUGACGCUCGAUUGGCUUAUACCUCUGUAACUGUCGCUUGUUGCGUUGCCGCUUUUAUAUCUGAAAGUGGAUUUCUGUAUGAGCUACAAGGUUCAGAUAAAGAAAUGGUUCCGGCAAUCGAGCAGUCUUCUUAUCCACUACUUUCCAAUCAGUUUAUUCGACCUAUCGCAGUGGACGAGUCCUUUGAUGUACUACAGUAACUGCCAGAUGACUUGAUGAGAACAAUGGAGGAAUCAGCGGGUCGGAUCUUACUUGAAGCAAGCAUGACACACGCUAAAGCUUAGAACAGUUGAUGACCACUCUUGUCUUCCAUGAGACGUCCAGUUACCCAAACAGACAUUGGUGUGCCCUACUAGCUGAACGAAUCUCGACAUGUUUCCAGCCACAUGCUGAUGUUGGCGGCCUGCUAAGCACCCUGUCAUUACUUUAAACGCCUGUCUACUGACGACGACACCCUCUGCCGCCCUUUUCUUAUACAAGUUUUUGAAGACCACCAACUUUGUGUUAUGCACUCGCUGUGUUUAAUCAUGAGCUUUUGCCUGAAACCAACAACGCCACAUAAACGAAACAGCAGUCCAGAAGAACCCUUGCCUUAUGUCUCGAGCAGUCAUCAUCUACCUUAUGUUUUUACGGCCAAGGUGUUAGCCGUUGUCUUUCCGCAGUCACUUUUCCGUCCUCGCGUUAAAUUUAGGAUCCAGUCGCACCCGCUUUCCUGACUUCCGACGUAUUUCGGAACCCUAUAGUCUCUGUUGAGUCAAGAGAAAGUCCUCUGACUGGCAUCGUAUUACUUUUCCCUUGUGACCUCCGCUGACCUUAUUUGUCGCACAGCAGACCGUUCUGUUAGAUCUUUUUUUCGCGUCCACCCACAUGCGAUCCACUGCUGCCUUGUAGACCGUGCUGCUGAUCUGCAACUGAUACGUCUGCUCAAGGCCGUAAUCAGUGAACAGUCCAGUGAGAUGCGUCAGUUACGUUUAACCCUACUGCAGCACGAGGCUUCCAUUGAUGCCGUAAGUCAACACUCCGUCUCCUAAGCACGCCUCUCUCAUUCCCAUGCUAAGCCUUCUCUGUUAAGCCGGCAGGAAUGUUGCGUAAAUCGUUCAAUUGGAUUUAACUCUGUUUAAACGAAUGACCCCAGUCACUUUGCGACCGGGUGCGACUCUGAAGAUUCCAGAAGUCCAAGUCAGGCUGCCUAUGCCAGUCACUGGCAGCCCAAAUGCCUAACGAACACGGACAGGACUAGGAAAACUCACGCCUAACAUUAGCUGGGAAAAUCGGGAGUUAUCUUUGUACACAGCGCUGUGCAUGCCAACGGGAUCCAUUCCUUUUCGUGCUCGGACUUUCGUUAAUGCGUACUUUGAAGAAGCCCAUCAGUGGGCUUUGUCAGCCAAAAGGCCAAUCCCAGUGUCCCGUCUUCAGAUUUGUCAUGAUUUUUCCAAGUAUAAGCUGAGCUUGCAUAAGGCAGACUAACUUACUGCGCAAAUACAAUUGGGAGUCCGGGAUUCCAGUUGUACCUCGACAGUACUUAUACCUAUUUAGCUGCACAAGCGAGGCAGGCUAACCGCCCCUCGUUUGCCAGUCGUCUGAUUCAAUAACUGUUGCAACAACCGUCCACAACAGCAGCUCAUUUAGCCUCCUCCUCAUUAUUAUUAAUUGUGUAGAACCUGUAAAGAAUGAUCUUUUGCCCUCGGCAGGAGUGAACUGACGUUUCUGCGUUACAGGCUGAAGAAGAGGUAUGCAGGCUGGCCCACCAAUCCGGCACGCUGCUGGCGGGGCGUGCACCUCACAGACGCCAAGCCGGCCAGUUAGCCGCCGAAAAAGCUGAAGUAGAGGCCAAAUUGUGCGUUUGUGAGCAGGAGUUGAAAGAGCUCUCCCACCUUAUUGAACUCCAGGACCUUCAAAGUGAAGCAACUGCUACUGAACUGGCCAGACAAUCGCUAAAGGUAGUCCACAUCCUCACCAUUUGUGGGAAAUUUGUUUGCUUCUACGAAUGUCUACUUAAAAGCGUGUAGGUAGUUCUAUUGUAUCAGGUAAAACAUUGAACUGGCGAUAGUGGUUUUUUGUCUUUACGAACUUUCGUAGCCGGCCCCUGCAAACAUGCCGCUUCACAUCAGUCCCUGUCAGGGAGCGGAGUCCGUGGAAACCGCCAGUGGAACGGCCUACCCUGAAGACAGUCUCCUCAGCCUGGAGGAACUUCGUAGCCUGUUCUACGAACGCAAUGAGCUGCGCUGUCGUCUGAUUGAACUGGAGGCAACUUUACAACUUGCCGCUAAAGAGGAAAAGUUAGUCAAAACUUUUUGAAAACUUCGCUACAUCAAAAGUUGCAUGUUAAUACAGGCGCCAUGGUAGAAUGAGUAUAGCUUCCUGACCUGGCAUAAAAUAAAGGUCCUCUCGUCGGAGAGGUAAAUUAACAGUAGGAUCUAGGCCGCCAGGAAAUUCGUAGUGGAUGACAGCCGUUGAUCUUGUCGCCUCCUGGACAAGUCCCAAUGCUAUCUUCCGCAGCCGGUCCUGUGUGACGAAGUCAGUUUCAACCGGUAAAGGAAGCGAGGUGAUGGGAUCCAUAAGGACGAAUUAACUCGCUCUGUUGUUGUGUUAAGUAUGAUGAAACCGUCCUCACGGCUACAGCAAUAGAAUUUUUCAGACAUGCCUUGUUUGAGACUGUUUAGGAUAUGUCGUCUGGUCAUAGUGCGCAGCGUUCUUGUAUCCUUAUCUCUUCUCAUCUUUACCUACACUCUUGACGUAAUCUUAAUUUUCCGCCUGCCUUAGUCUUCAGUUCAUUCUUAACUUUUUUCCACCAGUAUGUGCUGUGCCCUGGAGUCGGAUUCCUUCCCACUCCUCAGUCAUUACCGUUUGUUUUCAUAUCUUCAGUGAGGAGCUCCUUUUCGGCCCGCUCCCGUGUGAGCCGAUUGAGAAACUUCGACCCGGCUUCGCAGCCAGUCAAACGGGCAUCAAGCCUUUGUAAGUUGCUAAGUAUUGUUUCAGUCAUUUCGUCGUCUUCUCUGACUAGGUGGUGCCACCACGUUUUCUCUUUCCGAGCUAACUUCUUUCCGCAGCAGUGGGCUAGAGCGGCCCUCUUCAGAAAAAAGUUUUCAGUAGAAGUCAAUCAGCGAGUUGUGUUCUGUGGCUUUUAAAGAAUAUAAUGGAUUAUUUCGAUAAGAGGUCGUUUUGGUAAGCAGUUCAUUACUGCACCGCUAGUAAACACGAUGUAAUGCCUGUCGGUGACAGCCUGGCGAACGAGGUGCUACUCGUUUUAUUGACACUACUUACUAAAUACGAGUAGUUGUUUUGAUAUCAUCGCAGUAUUAAACUCAACAACAGUCUAGUGGACAAAACUGCGGCAUCAUUUUCUGACUUAACUACCAAAGUUGUUAGCUUUUGCACUAACGAUAGAAAUAGUAAAGUUGGGACCUGUGUUUGCCCUGGAAAGUCCAGGCGAGUCAAUUAUUUUGGCGGUUUCUUUCCUCUCGCAUUUCUUUAGGUCAUGCAUUUCCUUAUGCACUGUGUUUAUCGUUGCGUACUUCCUGCUAACCGGGAGUGCAUUUUAGGUUUAUCGACCUGCUCCGCCGUAUUGCUGAAAAGGCGCAGCGCAGCAAGUAG